UUUGGACCUCAAAUGUCACCAAACCCAAUCCGCUGUCCUCCUCUCUCUUCGGGAGAGCAAAGCAAUGCUUUGAAGAUGGUGGAGAGGGGAAAGAUAGGAGCAAGACCAAUCUUGGAUUACCCGUCGUCGUCGUCGAGGCAUGUGUGAGUGUUUGAUAUCCAGGGAUUCGCUACGUCAUCAAGCCAAUAGGAUUUGGGAAAUGGUGGAUUUAGUCCCCGCCGGCUAGAGAGAUGUGGAAAUUGGAUAAAUGGUGUUAGGAAAGGACCAAACGACUUUGUAUGAUAGUUUUUGUUUGUACAUGAUAAAUAUUAUUCCUACCUCACCUGGUCAAAGGAUGAUUUUAUGGAGAUAUAUGUUUAAUUGAGGCAACGAAGCUCGGACUUCAGUGCACAGAGGGAAUAAAGGAAAGGAAGGAAAAUACAUCGAACAGUUUGGAAUAUCACCAACUCAUGGUGGAUGGAUUGGUAGUAAGCCUCGGAUCUCUGAUAUCCAUCAGACCGGUAUCACCUUGACCUGGGGUGCUGCACCUGUCAAGAAGUCCCGCACUCAACUCAACUACAUCCUUGAAGCCAAGGACACCUACAGCAAGCAGUGGACUCUCAUUGCCACCGACAUCCUUGAUACCAAGUUCUGUGUGGAGGAGUUGGACCCGCAAGGCGCCUACAUGUUUCGGGUGCGUGCGGAGAGCGAGAGCGGGAUCAGUGAACCGGGAGAGGAGUCCGAUCUCAUCAAGCUCAAGGAUGCAGGUAACCAGCCGCUCUUUGUGAAGACCACAGAGGAAGUAUUUGCUGUGAAGGAUGGCAAAGCCACCCUCUCCUGCACCCUCUCCGGCGAGCCCAAACCCAAGGUAGUCUGGAUGAGGGAAGAGGAGAUUCUCAAGAACUCGGACAACCUCAAGGUCACGUCCCAACCCAAUGGUGUGUGCUCUCUAGAGAUCUCAAAGGUCAGCAGUAAUGAGAUAGGGGAGUACAGGUGUAUAGCUACCAACGAGCAUGGAGAGUCAAGCUGUAGGCUCUACUUGGAUGUGGCAGAGGCCCCUCAUUUUGUGGAGACCUACAAAGAUACGGAAGCCACCAUUGGUCAGUCGAUUCGAUUGGAAUGCAGUAUAGACGGUAUCCCAGAGCCAGAAGUCAUAUGGUCUAAAGACGGCAAGGUUAUAGAAGAUUUUGAGAGAUACCAGUUCUACUAUGAAGGAGAAGAAGGAUUUGCUUUGGAGAUCAACAACUUUGACAAGGAUGAUUGUGGGGAGUACACCCUAGAAGCUUCUAAUAUAGCCGGCAGUGUCUCUCAUUCAGCAGAAAUCUAUGUGACAAGUGGACCAGAUGGAUACAGGAGAGUCUUUAUCAAGAAAGAUAUCAUUGUUGAAGAUGAAUAUGAACUCCUAGCUGAACUGGGAAGAGGAGCUUACGGUGUGGUCCAUAAAGGUAUCUCCAAGGCUGAUGGCAGCGAGUGUGCCAUCAAGACAAUCCGUGUCAAGGCUGGUAUGUGGGAGGAAGUACGGAAUGAGAUAGCUGUCAUGGGUAUCUUGGAUCAUAAGAGACUCAUCAAACUCUUUGAUGCCUAUGAGACUAAGAGAGAGGUUGUCAUGGCGAUGGAAAUAGUAACAGGAGGAGAGUUGUUUGAACGUAUCGUCCAGAGGGAUUCCUUUUCGGAGAGUGAAGCUGUAGGUUUCCUGAAGCAGCUUAUAGAUGGCCUCAUCUACAUGCACGAUAGGAAUAUCGUCCAUUUAGAUCUUAAACCCGAGAACAUUCUCCUAGUGGCACCAGACUCUGAUGACAUCAAACUAAUUGAUUUUGGUUUAGCAGCUGUGUUGAAGGAAGGGGAAGAGGUUAGAUGCAAGUUCGGUACCCCAGAGUUUGUGGCUCCAGAAGUUGUCAAUAAGAAUCCGGUAUCCACAGCAGCAGAUGUUUGGGGUGUAGGUGUCAUUGCAUAUAUUCUUCUGAGUGGUAUAUCUCCGUUUGCUGGUGAAGAUGAUCGUCAGACCCUUCUGAAUGUCCGAGGUGGUCAGUGGGACUUUGAUGAUGAGGUCUGGGAUGACAUCUCAGAUGAAGCUCAGGAUUUCAUAUGGCUCUUGUUUGAAAUGAAUGCAGAGAAGAGGCCUGGACUAAAAGAAGUAUCAGAGCAUCCAUGGUUGAAGUUUGAUGAGCGUCAGGACCUAGGUGCUAAGAUUAGCUUGGACAGAUUGAGGACUUUCAAUUCCAGGAGGAAGUGGAGGAAAGCCUUGACAGCAGUGAAAUCAGCAAUGAGAUUGCGUCGCCUUUCAAGUCUCGGUAGUAACCUGAAGAAAGCAGCCAUAGAACACACUUCUGGCCAGCAAUCAUCGACGUCCUCUUCACCCGCCACCCCGGAUUCCGCAUCAUCCGCUGGCAGCGACGUCUUCAGUGAGGACAACACUACCAAAUACGGCAACCUGUUAUCCCCAACGAGCUGCGAGACCAUCGUGGAGAGCAUAAACGAGGAAGGAGCCGUCGGCGGGGAAGGGAGCGAGACAGUUAUGGAUCAAGCUCCCGUGUUCGAGCUCGAGUUGAAAGACCAGAUCGUCAUGGAAAUGAGUCAGCUGAAGUUGACGUGUACGGUGAACGCCCAUCCCAAACCCACGAUGACAUGGUAUCACGGAGAGAACAAGCUCACCAAAGCUUCUGGAGGCAGUCGAGGAAUCCAGAUCGGCAUUGAGAAGGGCAAGGCUUAUCUCACCAUACCGAAGAUAGGCAAGAUAGAUGCUGGACAGUACAAGUGUGUUGCCACAAACAAAGCAGGAACUGCCGAGUCCGUUGCUAAUCUUACAGUGGCUGCUGUGCCUGAGGCUCCAUCUCGUCCUAAGAUCCCACUGGUGUCGGCCCACGAAGCAUUCGUCUCCUGGAAGAUGAACCACCCCCCUAAGAAGGAUGAUCUAGAGGGUUAUCUACUACAAUGUAGAAAAGCAGGUGAUAAACAGUGGCUUGUUGUAUCCAAUGUAAUCAAAGAUUGCAACUUUCAUGUGAAAUCUCUGAGCCCCGAGAAUGAGUAUCGUUUCCGAGUGGCCUGCGGCACCCCUCAUGGAUGCGGUCCUUUCAGCAAGUCUUCUGUGCAAUUUAAAACACUCCCGGAAGGAGCUGAUGCCUUGAACAUGGAAUCCAUCACAAAGUUACAGCACUCGAGAACGAGAUCGUUGUCGAGAGAGAGGCAUAACUCCCGUGACGAGGUCCUGUCCGAGCUCAUUGAUGAUGAGGAUCUUGGUCCUUUGGACUUGUCUCUCAAAUCAUCCGUGAUGCCUCAGAAGAUUUAUGAGAUGCAGGAGGAAAUUGGAAGAGGAAGAUAUUCGGUGGUGAUGAGGUGCCGGAAGGUAGCAACCUGCAAGGAAUAUGCUGUCAAGAUCCUAGCACACAACAAAAAGACGCAAGAUAAAUGUCUGGCAGAGUAUGAGCUUCUGAGGGAACUAUCCCACCCCCACAUCCUACAGCUCCGAGAAGCUUUCCUAACGAACAGGCACGUCAUGUUGGUCACUGAGCGCUACUACGGAGGAACAGUGCUGAAGUAUCUGACCAAGGAAGAUACAUACACCGAGUCUACAGUGGUCAGAAUAGUUGCCCAGGUUUUAGAUGCCCUUGAACACCUUCAUAUGAUGAACGUGGUCUAUCUCGACCUCCGACACGACAACCUUCUCAUGGAAAGUCGAAGAAAGGAUGUCGUUAGGCUAAUCGACUUCGGGUCAUGUCGGGUCAUCCAAAAAGAUGGCGGAAACAAGAUGAAAGGCAUUGAUGUUCUACCCGAAUUCAUGGCUCCUGAGCUAGCUGCCAAGGGAGGGUCAAUAGACUAUGAAACAGACAUAUGGCCGUUAGGAGUCAUGGUGUUUACAUGGCUGAGUGGUACCUCCCCGUUCUUGGGUCGUAAUCAAGAGAAGACAAUCUACAACAUCACAAGGAUGAAAUACAAUAUAAGCAGUCUCUUCCCGAACGUGAGUCCCGAGGCCAAGGCAUUCCUUCAAGCCAUCUUCAAGGAAAAGCCAAUUGACCGGCCAACCGUAGCUGAUUGUCUGGAGCACAACUGGGUGAAGAGCAUUAACAAGCCAGGAUCAGCCCAGUCUAGGUCUUUCCCAGUCACUAAGCUCGCCAACUACAGGACUCAAUUCCUGGCUCGAAUGCUACAGAACAACACAUUGGACAACGUCUCAUUGAGAACGUAUGGCAGUGAAGAGUCCGACGACUCAUAAUGGUACCUCUGACUAAUACCAUAAACAUUCACUUGAUUUAUGUAAUAUAAGAUUUUAAUUCUUAGGAUUUAUCAACCACGAUGAGUACUCAUUUUGUGUGAAUAUAUAUUUUAUCGGUGUUUGAGAAGUUGAGAUGACAUUUUAAAGGAAAAAAGUACUCUUAAAUGUUGUGCCGUGUUUUGAUGAGGUUCGUGUAUCUCAAUAAAGUGCAAUGUGACUGAUUUGUGGUUGCACGCAUAGUCUUUUCAGAAGCCUCAUCCAUGGAGGUAUAUAACUCUAGAAUUAUUGCCUCAAUAACUGAAUUCAGUUUGUUGCUCUUAGUUUGGGUUAUGGAUAUUGUUUUCCUUCAUUCUAACGGCAAUUUGAUAUUAGGAUAAGGUAGUACUUUUCGGCGAAGAAAAUGAUAUGAAGGUAUGUUGUAUAGAUUCAUGUUAGGCAAAGAUGUUAGGCAAAGGAAAGAUGGGCUCGUAGAUAAGGAAUUAGAGUAUUGUGAAUUGAGAUUAACCUUAAAGCUUUAUCCAAUUUACCCAUGGUAUAAUGAAAAGGAAUUUUACCCAAAUAUUGCCAAAGAGCAGAAUACAAUAAGUCAGUGUCGUUGUUUGACCCAUUUCAUUAUUCAUUCUUGUUUUAUUAUUCACUACAUUUAUUUCAAUUCAUUUUAAAAACAGCAAUAUUUCAAUGUAGGCCUAUGCAAAUUAUCAAAAUAUUAUAAAUAUGAAACAUGACAGUAAAUAAUAAAUUGCAAUAAUGAAGUGAUCUUUGAACAUAUUUUGAUACAGAUUUGUGCUUUUCAAGAUAGAGGAGAAGUCUAAAUGAACCAAACGGAAUCAAAGUGGUUUCAAAAAUUGAUGAUUCUUGUCUGCGAAUAUAACCUCACCUCCAUCACAUUCUUCUCUUUGAAAUAAUUGUAACAUCCCUUCCAGUAAAAAGGAUUCUUUUACAUUAAACCCCAAUAUACUAGUAUGUGGUGCUUAAUGAAAAGAGACUAUCUUCUGCUCUUUGAAUCCACAUGCUAUUCCUUAUAUAAAUCUUCCUUAGACCUACCAUACAUUUUUUAAAGUAAAAAAAAAUCAUUUAAGUUUAGCUCUUAGAACUACCAUCAAGUAUCCACUGCAAAUUGUAACUAUUUCUUCUUUCAACAUUAUGCUUUUAGAUUGCCCGUGGUAUUUCAUUCUGCUGACUGACUAAUGUUGGUAUAAAAACCAAACAAAUAUCUUAUAUGUUCAAGCAAUUUUGAUCAAAAUUAUUAUGCUUAUACAAAGUUAGUGUUUGAAAUAUGUACAUUCAUUUCAUUUGACAACCACGGAACGUAAGUGUUCUUCUUAUUUUUUAACUUGAGGACCGCCGCGGCUUUGUGCUCUUUCAAAAUGAAAAGUAAAUUGGUUUAUAUUAAGCCUGGGUGGACAAUAAGAAUUUCAUAACGAUACUUUAUUGCGCUUCAAUGAGAUUGAAUUUUCUUGUAUCACAUUGCAAUUUCCUUUACAUUUUUAAUAUGGCAACUUCAAACAAUUUUUUUUGGGGGGGUUGUUUUCACGUGGAAGUGUGUUGAAACCUUUUCUCCAACUACCAGAACUAUUCGUUCAUAUUGAAUUUGUUUCCUGCGAUUUACCUUCUCUUUUCUACAGAAAAGCUUUAUACUUACUUGUGAAAACGUUAUGUUAAUAAAGAUAUCAUGGGAAGUAUGCCAAAUGAUUAAGUAUAUUUGUCGAAUUUGCUCAAAUCUUUCUUUAAUUUUUUUCUGUACAAUUGUUUACUUUCACACUAAGUCAUAUCCUCAUAUUUUAUAUCCGUGUAAAAACAAUAUGGCUUCUUGAAGUGGGUUUAGCCGAAAGUUGCGGCAUUUACAAUUUUUGAUAGGUUUCAAAUCUAGUAUUCAGAUUUCAAAUAUAGUAUUUCGAUUAAUGCAGCUUAAUGCAUUUGUAUUUUUCUAUUCAAUAUGACUUCUAAUGCCUGAAAUAAGCUAAACGAUUGCCUAAACCAUAUAUUUAGAGUAAUUCAAAUUUAUAGGAUUUUAUGCCAUAUUUUAUUUAAUGUAAAUAACAUGAUAGACGGUAAUUGUUCUUUUUAUGUAGUAGUGAAGUCUGUGAGAGCAUACUAAUUCUAAUUAUAAUAAGAUGAUGAUAUUGAUGAUGAUGAUGAUGAUGAUGAGGAUGAUGAUGAUGAUGAUGAUGAUGAUGGUGGUGGUGGUGGUGAUGAUGAUGAUGAUGAUGCCGUUGUUGUUUUUUGUAUUGAUACCAAAAUACGAGAACUUUUUAUUUUCAAAUUCAGUAAUAUGAAUGAGAUUUGUUUUCAGUAAUUCAGUGCUGGGCUUUCUUGAUGUUUUAAACUGUUUUAGAAUGUCCCGUUGAUUUACCACUUAUACACUUCUCAUUAGAAAGGUGAAAACGAGUGAAUUGAUAUUAAAGGGGUUAAAAUUUGACUUUGUGGUCACAAGCACAAGAUGCAUUUAAUAUGAUUACGUUUCAAAGUUCUUUCGAAGAUUUUGAUUCACAAUGCGUCAAGUAAUUCUACAUUGGAAAGUGCCACUAGUGCUGGAAGAAAUCUAUUUGAUCUCAACGUUAUUUUCUAAUCACCAGAUCACGUUGUACUGCACCUUUUUUGAAAAGUGGUUUAUUACAAUCAAGAUAUGAGAGCAAUUUUUUUUAAAUGCAUAAUUUAGGUUCAGAAUCCAACAUACGUUCGUAAGACUGUAUCUCUUUUAAUUGUAUUUUAAUCAACGGAUUGGCGCAAUGGUUGCUUCUAUAUCCAUUUGUUUUCUUCCCCCAUGAAAGCUACUAGACAACCCUAGCCUUUUCACCACCCCCCCCCCCCCUCUCUUGCUCUCACUCUCUCUCUUCACCCCUGUCUCUUUCUCCACUUUACCCCUCUCCAUCUGUCUCUUUUUCUAUGCUUAUAUGAUUACAAAUCUAUUCUGAAGAGGAUUGGCGUUCUUGCUUAAAUUCGAAUCAUUUCGUAUUGUUUGCCAUUCAUAGCAAUAAUGAAAGACCUUUAAGUUUCUGUACGUGCGUUUAAGCAUAAAGCUCAUCCUGCAUGUUAAUUAGCAGAAUGGACAGGUUGUCACUUUUAAGACAUAUAUUUGAAAUACUAUCAUGUUUCUGUUUGAUUAAAUGAUUUUGCGUGAUGUGCCUUGUAACUUUGCUACAUUUUGCCAAAGUGUACGGAAUAAGAGAAAGAGACGAGUAUAUGAAUAUUUUGUGUGUUUUCUUUUCAUUUAUGAAAGGAAACGGCAAACAUGUCUUUUUGAGUAUAUCGAUAUAUUUGAAAUUAAAUUCUGCGUGUACAUUCCCUUUUACGGGAUAACGAUGUGACAAUAAGAUGGAGUAUUGAAAUUAAUUUUUAUUAUUUCAAGAGGCUCCCUUAUAGCUAUAGGAAAUUUGUUUAAGGAACAAUUAAUUAUAAAUAUUAUUUCAUCAUGUGUACAGCCCGACAAUGCCCUAGAACAUGUAAUGUAUAUACUCAUCUUGAUGCAUGGAUUUAAAUAGACUUGAAUUAAUGAGGUGCUUUCUGGUGUGCAACUUUUCUUUUUCUUGUUUAAGAAAAAAAAUCUAGUUUUUAUCAUUUAGGUGUCGUUAUUAGAACUUUGCUGCAUUUACUGGAAAAAUAUUUCUGACAUAAAAAUAGAAAAAAUAUCUAACU